CAUCGGGACUGUAGCGAAGAUUCAUUCACCUUCACAUUAUUUAUCAUUUAUUCAUCUAAACUAAUUCAGUGGUCAUCAUGAACGGUACAGCACACAGUUCUCAUAACGCAGUGGACAUACAGCUGAAGAGAGGACCAUCAGGUCUGGGCUUUAACAUUGUGGGUGGAGUUGACCAGCAGUACAUGAUUAAUGACAGUGGGAUCUAUGUUGCGAAGAUCAAAGAGGACGGUGCUGCAGCUCUUGAUGGGCGCCUGCAGGAGGGAGACAAAAUCCUUGCGAUAAAUGGAUGUACACUGGAGAAUCUGAGUCAUGGUGAAUCAGUGGAGCUGUUCCGCUCAGCAGGAGAAGAUGUGGUUCUGACCAUCCUGCAGAGGCCUGCUGUCACUGGUAACGGCCCUAUUUUCACCCGUCCUGAUGGAGACUCAUCCUACCCUAUGGCUGUAUCCAUGGUUGUUUUGGGACUAGCUGUGACGGCCUACAUCAUCUACAGACGCACUGGCUACCGGAGGCAUUUUCCAUUUUAAACUUUGUGAACUUUAUGAACUUUUUGCUGAAGGCCAAAAAUGACCUGCAAGAUGAGAGCUGCAGGAGUAGCUCAUGUUUCAUCAGAUUUCUAAUCAGAAGUGAAGAGCCAUAAUUAUAGACACCUAGCCUUAAAGCUGUCAGAAUGGCAGCUAGCUGCUUAACCAGAUUAUUUCAAUGGGUUGUAUAGAAGAAAAUUGUUUUAACACCUGUGCCAUUCUAUAGUUUAUUGAAACCAAAGCCAUGUCCAGAGAAUUAUGAUUCCAUAUAAAAUAGUCCUUUUGGAAUAAACAAAAUGAAAAUAAUCAUGAAUGCUGUGGAAGGCACGCAGGUAGGAUGUCAUAAAAACAAAAGAAGGGCUGUGUUUCAAUCCAGCCUGGUAGAGGUAUGAGGGUAGAAGAGCACAGUGCAAAAUAUUGAGACAUCAAGUUCAGAACAAGGCAGGAGCACCACGUGCUUGUAUUUAAAAUUAGUUUUAGGUUUUUAAUCUGCUGGGAUGUUUGUGUUCUCUGCAUUGUGGCAAUCACAGUGUUUGAUUUACUGUAUGUAUCAUAUUGAUGUCCCUUCAUCGAAACUCUUCCCUCAGCUAACUCUAACAUUUCUAAUGAUUAAUUUCAUCCAAACAUUUAGAGACAAUCAUAAAGACAUGAGCGGCAAUUUUUUUUCUGAUCAUUUUGAUAUAAAAAGAGAUUAUGGAUGGAUUGCAUUAAAAAAAAAAGAAGCAUUUCUUAGAUUCUGAACUGAUAUUUUAUUCAAUGAUGGAUCAUUAUACUUAAAUAUAACAAUAUUUUUGCCCGCUUAACAUUUACAAACAUCAGCACAGCUAUGAUUUAAAACAAAAAUAAUGAUUUAAUAAGAAAGUAAAUUUUUACAGCCAAUCAGCUCCAUCUGAUGUGUGUGUGACGAUUAGAGAUAACAGGACAGUAACAUAACUUUAUGCUGGUAGUCAUCAACACUUAAAUAAUGUAAACAGAAUGUACUGGUGUCUUGUUAUCCUGGUAUAUAGGAUCAGCAGCAGCACCACAAGGUACACCUGGUUCUGUAAUAUUGCCUCCAAUUUGUUGAUAAAGCAAUCCAUGGACUGAACAGUUUCUACCAGAUGCUGCUCACAGCAUUAUGGAUUUUUCAUUGUAACGGUUUAUCUUGGAUUUGGCAGAGAUGGACCAUCUGGAUAAAUUUGACUCCUCAGACCAUACUACAUUGCUCAGGGGUCCAGAGUUGUAGUUUUCUUGGAUCUUUCUGUUCAUGGUUUACUUUCACUGUCAUUGAAACGUUCAGUUAACCCUGUUAGUGGACUUAGCUUUUGAUUCGGUAACAAAGUCAAACUGCUUUGUUUCUGUUUGUCCAACACAAAAGUUCGUGCACGUGUUUUCUUCUAAGGCUAAAUUGUAUGAUGUUGAUGUUAUGACUUACUCCCCCCUGCUGGGUGAAACUUGAAAGUAUAGAUAAUUAUGAACGUGCACCUUGCACUCCAGUUUGUGUCCAUGCUACCUUAAGAAAUGUUUGUUUGAGGGGUCCACUCAAAUAUUUAAUCUUGUUCUAAAUAAAUCACUUGUAAAAUGA